AUGGGGAACAAACAGCAGGAACAGAUGAACUGUUAAGAAAAAAGGAACAUCUUUUCAUGCAGAUGUCCUUAAAUAAACAAAAAGGGAGGGAGGAGAAGAUAUAUGAGAAGGGAUAUAACAUGCCUCCCUUUCCGUUAUCCAGGCUUUUCUGGAGCCAGUCUGGUUGAAAGAGCAAAUGAAUACAUGAGGAGAAAGAGGGCUUUAAGAAGCAGAUGGCACUCUGGGGCCUGAAAGUUCCAUGGCAGUUGACAGAACAGAUGGUCUGAGAGACUGAGGAGGAAAUAAUAGCGUGGGAGACUGGUGAGGUUUAUGUGUUCAUCUUGUGCCUGCAAAAAGCAACUGAGGAGAAGAUACCCACAAAAUAUUUAGGAAAUAUAUUUUAAAGACAGACUGGAGUAGAGAAGUGGGGGAACUAUGCACCAGGAAACGCAGGGCUGGAGCAUCAGCCUGUGAAAGAGACCAAGUGUGUGGAUCUAAGAGAAAUUAGAGAUUUUCCAGAGAUACAGCAAUUUGCCUCUGAAAACUACGAGGAACUUCACAAUAAAAAAAGAGAUCAUGACAUUUUAAAUUAAAGCAUCCAAAAAUCUCAAUGACAAAGAGCACAGAUGGACAAGAAUUCAGAGUGCAGGAUAGAAAGCAUCAGAAGAUAAUGUCACCUAAGUUAUAAAUCAUAUUUGUUUGGAAAACCCUCAGACAUAAAACAAAACACAAAUCUGAAACUUACGAUAUGAGACUUCUCUGAACUUUAAGUGUACCUGACAUAUGGUCACAGGUCACUUUUUCUGCAAGAGCUGACGUUUGCUGACAGCCCCAUGAAAAACAGUUGCUUUGGGAAGAACAAGUUACAACCAGUUCAGCCAAGUCUCAGACAGAAGGUGAAUGACCAUGACAAAGAUGGCAACGAAUUACAGACCACACCAGAGUUCAGAGCACAUGUUGCAAAGAAACUGGGAGCAAUGUUAGACAGCUACAUCACUGUAUUGGAGGAUUCAUCAGGUCCUGCACAGACUGCCAUGCAAACAGCUGACUCUGAAGAUGAUGGCUUUCGCCUAUUCUCUUCAUCUGUUCCAGGAGAUUGUGGGAAAUCCAAACCUCUGCUCUCAGCCAGGAGGCAACGACCUUCCAGUUCUAGUGAGCUGGACAGUGACCAGGAAUGGCAGAGAUACCAAGAGGCUGCUGUGUCAGCAGCAGAUAUCUUGAAGCAAAGUGCUUUUUCUGUGAUGCCUCCGGAUUCCAGCCAGGUUCACAAGCAGGAGUGCACAGAGCACAACCAAAAGAAGAAAAAGAAAAGGAAGAAGAAAGCUAGAGGAGAGCAUAAUAGUGAACAGAAGACAGCAGGAUGUGACCAGAUCAGCAACAAGACUCUAUCAUCCAUUGAUGGAGAGUGCACGAGGCAAGAAGGCAGAUGUACAGAGGACACAACAUUGCCUAGUGUGGUGAAGAAGAAGAAAAAGAUGAUCAGAAAAGAAGCAAAUGAUGAUUCCGCUCUAUGAACCACAUAUGGUCAGGAUGGAAGAAGGAUGGUGAAAAGUUAACAAAGGUAGUUCCUGCACAUUGUCCUCUCCUGGAAAUGUGGGGAAACAAUUGGCAAAGCUUCUGUUUUAGGGGAGUCAAAGGAGUAAGAGUUUAAGUGACUGCCCUUGUUGAGGCAUCCCUUGGGGAACUCCCCUUUUCCAUUCCAUCACAAACCAAUUACUUGCAUUGCUGGUUAUGCAGACCUUGCACUGAAGGAUUUGGGCGAUACAGGGACAUAUUAGAGUCACCUCUGCCCUGGUCUGAUCCUUCUGUGUAUCCAGCCCAAAUCCUGUGCCCUGGAACUAGUGCACGUGUGUGAUAAACUGAUUUUGGUGGAGAUGGUGGCAGAAGAUCAGUUCCUACUUCACCUCCCCAACACUUGCUGCCAGAACUAUGGGAGAAACAGCUCCAGGCUGUGAGAGAGACUGACUCAUCCAUAAAUAUCCUGGCAAAUCUUGGGGACCCACCUCCUAAAAUCAUCAGAAGUAUGUUACUGAAACCUGACGUGUUACUAAUUCCCAUGGAAUAUACACCUCUCCAGGGGUCCUGUGCAGAACUAUAAAAAGAUUGUGCAGUGGUGUCACGUAAUUGUUAUAAGCAGGUGUUUCUUUCAAAACUGUCUCCCUCGAUGCUUUAUUUUCAUGGUAUUACAUCUGCCAGUGUGCAGUAGAAUUCAAUAACAAUAAAUGCCUCGUAGUCUCAUUUAAUAUAAUGUCGUGUGCAGACCUGCCAUCUUCUUCCAUUAGGAUUGGCACAGCUA